GGGAUGCGCUCACGAGCUUGUGCUGCGAGUCGCUUGCUCUCGCCGGCUAAGCGGAGCGAAGCGAAGCGGCUGGCAUCUUGCUUCAACAGCAGCUCGAAUUGGCGUCGACACAGUCGGCUCCAUAGGAGCGGGAACUUGCCCACCCACCCUUGAGUGACGAUCUACGUCGACGACGAAUGUCCCAACAGCGCGCGGUACACAAGCAAGGUGACCGGGGUUCGCCGCAAAUUGCCAAAUUGAGGCUCAAUGAGAGCCACCGGGACACAUCAGAUUGACCGUUGCCAACAAAGUCGCCGCGCAGGCACGGCAGCGAGGGUCAAACCAAGCGAACAAGGGUUAGCACACGGCUCGCAGCAAGGCAGAGGAACGAAGAUGUCGGUCUUCUUUGACGGAGCAGUCUCACUCGUGACCACCGUUCCUGCGCUCGCGGACGCGCUUGCGAGUCUGACCGGCGAGCCGCUACUCGGCUGCUCGCUUCAUUGGCCGGUGGUGGCGCUGGCCUCGGCCGACGCAGCGGUCCUUGUCCACAUCGGCGCGCUUGGCCAUGUACCUGCCCCGCUUGCUGCCGUGCUCGAGUCCGAGGGAAUUGCCAAGGCGUGUCUUGGCGUGACCAAGGCCGACAAAGCUGUCCUUGCCGCCGAGUAUGGCACGCAUCUGGUCAACACCAUCGAUGUGGCAUCGUCGGCCGCCGCCGGCGGCUUUGUCCUUACUGGCGGCUACAACGCGCCGUCGAGUUACUCGGUCGCUGCUGCUCUCAGCGAUCUUGCUGCGCAGGUGCUUGGGACUUUGCUUGACACAAGCAUGGCCGGAUCCGACUUUGCCGCUCGCUCGCUGGCACCCGAGCAGAUUGGCUUUGCCGCCACCUCGGCCUGGCUCCUCCGCGCGCUGGCCACCGCCCUCAUGUGGGGUCCGGUCGCCGACACACCGCUCCUCCACUGCACGGUCUGCAGUCGCCGCUUUGCCUCGCGCUCAAUCCUUGCCCAGCACGCCACCGAGACUGGCCACAUCGCCGAGCCGUGGGCUCCGCCGCCAAUGUCACCCGCGCCCGCGCCCGUCGCCGGCGCCCGGACCAUCUCGGCCGCGCGCGCGCGCAGCUUCCUGCUUUGCGAUGUGUGCGAAGAGUUUUUUGACGGCCCGGACGCGCUCCAGCAGCACCAGGAUGCGCGGCGGCACUAUCUGUCGUGCGCCGGAUGCGCCGCCACCUUCUACACCCGGUCCGAGCGAGACGCGCACCAGUCGGAAGCUGGUCACCUCUACCAGUGCCCGAUCUGCCGUGCGGCGUUUGGCUCCAAGCCGGGCGUCCACGCACAUCAAGCGGCCGAGGGCCACACAUUUGCCUGCGGCUACUGCACCGAUCCCUUCUACACCCAGCACGAGACCGACGUCCACACCACCGCCUGCCAUGCUAGCGAGUGUGAGUUUUGCGGCGAGCGGAUCCUCGCCUCGUCGCCAGCCGUCGCACUUGCGCGGCACCACACGCUCGCUCAUGCCUCGGUCCAGGCCUCGCCGCGGCCGAUCCCCUCGCCGCGGCCGGUCCGCUCGUCGCCUGGCCUUGCCCGGGCCACGCCAGCCGCACCCGCUCGCGUCGUCUCCACCCCUGCGUCGUGGUACGAGUGGAUCAAGCUCGGCGUCAACUCGAUUGUGCUGGUCCCUGUUCGGAGCCUGGCCAUUGGUCUCUGCCUCUUGGUCAUGUUCGUCACGGCAAAGAUCUCGCUCCUCGGCUGGGCUGCUCCUGAUCACACCGUUCCGCUCCCACGCUGGCGGGUUGCUCUCCAGACUCCGCUGCCGUACCUGGCUCGUAUUGUGCUCUUUUGCUUUGGCUAUGUGUGGAUCACUGAGCGCGGCCGCCCGGCGCCGCGUGAGCAGGCGCCGAUCGUCGUCGCCGCCUCGCACACCGGCAUGAUGGAGGGGCUGUACAUGCUGUGGAAGAUUUCGCCGUCGGUGGUCUCGGUCUCAGACAACGCCGCGACGCCGGUGCUGGGCACGCUCCUCUCGGCGGCGCAGGUCAUCUACGUCAACCGGUCGGACCCAGGCUCGCGGCACGCGGUGCUGGAGCACAUCGGCGAGCGCGCGGCCCGGCCAGGGCUUUGGCCCCAGACGCUCAUUUUUCCCGAGGGCCUCUGCACCGCGCGGACGGCGCUCAUUACGUUCAAGAAGGGCGCGUUUGUGCCGGGCAAGCCGAUCCAGCCGGUCGCGCUCGCCUACCCGUACCGCCACUUUUCGGUGGCCACCCUCUCACUCGGCCCGUCGCCGCUGGCUAUUCUUUGGCGGACGCUUGCUCAGUUUGUCAACCACAUGGAAGCGACGUGGAUGGAGGUGUGGGAGCCGAACUUUGAGGAGCGCGCCGCGCCGGAUCGCUGGGCCCGCGAGGUCCGCGCCGCCAUCGCACAGGAGCUCGACCUCCCGGUCUCGGACCACACGUACGAGGACCUCAAGCUCCUACUCGAGGCCCGCCGCGCGGCGCUGCCCGCCGACGCCGCCCUCCUUGAAUUCGACGCCCUGCAGACCCUUCACGAGAUCAAGUUUGAGCAGGCUGCCGAGCUCCUGCACAAGUUCAUUGCCAUCGACACCGACAAGUCGGGCUCGGUCACCGUCGACGAGUUUGCCGCUGCCCUUGGCCUCCCGCCGGGCGAGCACGUCCAGCACCUCUUUGACGUUCUCGACCGCAAGCACGCCGGCCACCUCGACUUUCGCUCGUUUGUCAUCGGCAUCCUCUUCAUCUCGGACGCCGUCUCGCGGGAGGACGUCAUCCGCUUCGCCUUUGACAUCCUCGACACCAACCGCGACGGCACCAUCGAUCUUGCCGAGUUUGAGAAGAUCAUGGCCACCGGUUUUCCCGACGUCGAGCCCGAGCAGGUCCGCGCUAUCUUCUCCGCCGCAGACUCCCGCGACGUCGGCUAUCUCGACUACGACUCGUUCCACGCCUACGCCACCUCGCACCCCGACCACAUGUACUUGUUCAUGGACAUGGUCAACAAGCCGAACUCGCCACUGCAAGGCCUCUGA